CAUAUAUACUUUCAGGAUGUUUGAGAGUGGUUUCAGACCUCCAGGAGUUAUAUUGCAAAAUCUAGUUUUUUGAGGUUUUUCAGUUUCCAGACUUAGUCAAAUUUUAGGAUCAGGACAUUCCAGACUUAGCCAAAUUUCAGGAUCAGGACCUCACUCAAGCCGGACUUGCUACCCUAUUGAUCUCCCCGACAACACUCAAAAUGCAAAGGCCAACUAACAAAACCCUAAAAAACCUAAAGAACAAACCCUAAAAAGCAAAAAAGCAAGGGUCCCCAUUUGCAAUGGGGCGAUGUGUGAAAACGUCACAACACAAAGUAGCAGACUGUUUGAGCAGGUCUCCGAUUGCAGCUAUAAGUAUGGUAUUGGACUCAUGUGGUCAUCAAAUUGAAGCCUGGGCUUUCUUGUAUGAUAAUGAUGUUGAAUUCGCAGAUGUUUAUAAUCAAUUGGUGAAGGGACAUCAAGUGAAUGACUUCUAUUUGCAGGAUGGAAUGCUUUGUCACCUUGGCCAAAUCUGUGUGCCCAAUGUAGAACGCAAAAAUCUGAUAUGGGAAGCUCACUAUAGUAAGGUUGCUGGUCAUUUUGGCAUAGGUAAGACUACUGCUAUACUUUAGAGGUAUUUUUAUUGGCCAAAGUUGAGAAAUGAUGUCAUUUCAUAUAUUCAAGCUUGUACCGCAUGUGCUAUUGCUAAGCUUGCCAAUUGUAAACUUGGACUGUAUUCAUCUCUUCCUGUUCCUGAAAAACCUUGGCAUUCUCUAUGGACUUUAUGUCUGGUCUUCCUACCACCAAAAGAGGCCACGAUUGUGUGUAUGUUGUGGUAGAUAGGUUCUCAAAAAUGGCAGUAAUAGUGGCUUGUAAAAAAACAAUUUCUGCAGAGGACACUGCAAAGAUUUUCUUUGAACACAUUUGGGUCCAUUUUGGUCUACUGAAUACCAUUAUCUCAGAUAGGGACAACAGGUUUCUUAGUAAGUUCUGGUCUACAUUAUGGGAAAAGAUGGACAUAAAAUAAACAAAGUCUACUGCUUUCCAUCCUCAAACAGAUGGCCAAACAGAGGUAGUGAAUCGGAUGAUCAUUCACAUCCUAUGCAUGUAUCACUCAAAACAUCCCCGCCAGAGAAACGAAAAUCGCCUAAACUUGCCUGGACUCGGCGAGUCCGAGUGCGAGUCACCCUCGCCGAGUCCUGGGGACUCGGACUCGGACUCGGCCGAGUCCAGGCGCCAGACUCGCCAGACUCGCCGAGUUUGGCGAGUUUGGCCGAGUCCCGUGCCUGGGACUUGGCCGGCGGCGAUGUGAAAGAUAAGUUAAAAAAAAAACAAUUUUAAAUGGUUUUUUUGACUCUUUUUUUUUGUGUUAUUUUUGUUUUAUACCUAAAAGUGACUUUCAUUUCAUUCAUUUGCAAAAAUAGGAGGAGUAAAGUGAGAUAAAAAGAAUAACAAGGGUGCAUUGAAGAAAAACCAGCAAGGAAGAUUUCUUCAAUUUCUUCAAUUUUCUUCAAGAGUUCUAAGAGGUAAGUUGGUAACAUUGUUUUUUUGAGAUUUUUUUGUUUCUUAUAUGCAAAAAUUCAUUUUUCUAUUCUUUUUUUUUUGAAAGUUUUACAUUUUAUUCCAAAAUCUUUUCUAUGUUACUAUGUAGGCCCAGGGUUUGUAAUUUUAUUUUUUUUAAAGUAGGGUUUGACAAACCCUACAAUUUAAAAAAAAUAAAAUUGCAAACCCUAGUUACCCUACUUUAGCUUUUUUGAAAAAAAUGUUCAAUGAGAAUGAAAUUAUGAAUGCACAACAUAGAAUGAAUGUCUUAAUUUAUUUUUGCAUUUGUAAUGUUUUAUUGCAGCAACCUUCACAUUCUUAUUUGCCUCAAGUUUCACAAAACAAUCAUACAAUGUCCUCUUCUAGACCUCCCAUUAGAAAGGACCCUGCUUGGAAAUAUCAUGAGGAUUUUCCAGGGCAAAGAAAAGGGCAAACAAAGUGUAUAUUUUGCAAAACAAUAUUCCAUGGAGGCAUAUAUAGAUUGAAAUACCAUAUUGCUGGUGUGCGUGGGCAUGAUGCCGACCCAUGCACAAAAGCAGUCACUGAGGCCGUACGUGAUUGCUAUGUAAUGGUUGAAGAAAUUGAAAGGAAAAGGAAAGAAAAAGAGGAUCUCACAGUCAUUGGGAGACAUGCACCUUUAGGAACAGGGACACAAUUAGGUUGUGUUGGAGGGCCUUCUUCCUUACCUUCAUAUCGUCCCACUCAUUUUGCUACUACUCAUGCUUCCGGUUCUGCUUCUAUAAGUGCCAGUGCUAGUGCCAGUGCCUCUGCCCCUUCUCAUGUUCCUAGCACUGGCAGUGGUAGUGGGAAUGUUAGCAUUGGACCUAGGAUUCGUAAAUCUAGGUUGGAUACCUUUUUUGCACCUCGCACUACUCCUGGGUCCCAACAGUCACUUGAGAGCAUGGGUUGGAACAAGGAGGUCCAUGAUGCUGCUAAAAUGGCAGUUGGCAGAUUUUGGAUCUAUGGCAGUAUUCCAUUCUUCACAGCCAGGUCACCUUAUUGGCAAGAAAUGGUUGAUGCCCUUACCAUUUGUGGGGCGGGAUUCAAAGCCCCUUCUGAGUUUGAUUUGAGCGGACCCAUUUUGACUGAAUUGGUGAAUGAUGUGAAGAAAGAAUUGGGUGAUCAACGCCAAAUAUGGAGCACUAAAGGUUGCACCAUCAUGACUGAUGGUUGGACAGACAGGAGAAAUAGAACUCUCCUUAAUUUUCUUGUUUCUUCCGCAGGGGGCACCGUUUUCAUCAAGUCUAUUGAUGCCUCCGCCCAUUGCAAGAAUGCCACCUACCUAUGUGAGCAGAUAGAGGAGGUGAUUAAUGAGGUGGGUGAAGAGAACAUGGUACAGGUGGUGACUGACAAUGCACCAAAUUAUGUUGCUGCAGGUAAACUUUUGAUUACAAACUAAUUUUGUUUGCAAAUUAAUUUCUAUUUUGUAACCUCAUUAAUUACAAUGCAACAAAUUAUGUUGUUGCAGGCAGACUCUUGAUGGAGAGGCACCCAUCUAUAGUUUGGACUCCAUGUGCCGCCCAUUGCAUUGACCUCAUGUUAGAGGAUAUUGGAAAACUUCCAUGGGUCAAGACAUGUGUAGAAAA